UGGCACAGGCGGGGCAGGAAGUGACGGAGGCGCGGAGCGGCGCUGAGGCGGAGAGGCCGCGCUGAGGCGGGAGCGGGCGGCGGGGCCAGCCAGGCCUGUGUCUCUUUCCAGUGAUUGUGUGCCAGAAAGAUGGCUACGGACUGGCUUGGGAGCAUUGUGUCAAUUAACUGUGGAGAGAGCUUGGGAGUCUACCAAGGACGAGUGUCUGCUGUGGAUCAGGUCAGCCAGACCAUCUCCCUGACACGGCCCUUCCACAAUGGGGUCAAGUGCCUCGUGCCAGAAGUCACCUUCAGGGCAGGUGACAUUACAGAGCUGAAAAUCCUGGAGAUCCCAGGGCCAGGGGACAAGAGACAGUGUGGGGAUCUGCCCCAGACAGAGAUGGGCAUCCCUGGUGUUGGGUGCCAGGUGGGUCCCAGUCAGAAUGGCACUGGGAAAGCGUUAAAGAAGCCCAUGUCCAGCAGCGCUCCACAGAACAUCCCGAGGAGAACGGACACCAAGAACCAGGAUAUUAUCAUCUCUCCACAGCAGCAGUGCUCCAAAAGCUACAUGGAUCGGCACGUGGAAACGCUCACUCAGUCCAAAGGCUUCCGGCGUAGACACAAUUCCUGGUCAUCCAGCAGCCGUCACCCGAACCAAGUGACGCCGAAGAAGAGCGGCCUGAAAAACGGGCAGAUGAAGAGCAAAGAUGACGAGUGCUUUGGGGAUGACAUUGAUGAGAUCCCAGACACUGAUUUUGAUUUCGAAGGCAACCUGGCCCUUUUUGACAAGGCAGCUGUGUUCGAAGAGAUUGAAACGUAUGAGAGGAGGAGCGGCACCCGGUCCCGGGGGACCCCCAACGAGAAACCAGCUCGCUAUCGGCACGACGAGAACAUCCUGGAGUCAGAGCCCAUAGUCUACAGAAGGAUUGUUGUACCCCAGAAUGCUAACAAAGAGUUCUGCACGGACUCCGGGUUGGUGGUUCCAAGCGUGUCCUACGAGCUCCACAAGAAGCUGCUCUCGGUGGCUGAGAAGCACGGGCUGACCCUGGAGCGGAGGCUGGAGAUGACGGGGGUGUGCGCCAGCCAGAUGGCCCUCAGCCUCCUCGGGGGGCCCAACAGGCUGAACCCGAAGAACGUGCACCAGCGGCCCACGGUGGCUCUGCUGUGCGGCCCCCACGUGAAGGGGGCGCAGGGCAUCAGCUGCGGCCGGCACCUCUCCAACCACGAUGUCCACGUCAUCCUUUUCCUGCCCAACUUCGUCAAGAUGCUGGAAUCCAUCACCAACGAGUUGAACCUCUUCAGCAAGACGCAAGGCCAGCAAGUGUCCAACGUCAAAGAUCUCCCCGACAGCCCCGUUGACCUGGUGAUCAACUGCCUGGAUUGUCAUGAAAAUGCCUUCCUGAGAGAUCAGCCUUGGUACAAGGCGGUGGUGGACUGGGCCAACCAGAACCGGGCCCCCGUCCUCAGCAUAGACCCCCCCAUCAGCGAGAUGGAGCAGGGCAUCGACGCCAAGUGGUCGCUGGCGCUGGGGCUGCCGCUGCCGCUGGGCGAGAGGGCAGGGCGUGUGUACCUCUGUGACAUUGGCAUUCCCCAGAAGGUCUUUCAGGAGGUGGGCAUCAACUACCACUCCCCCUUUGGCUGCAAGUUCGUCAUCCCCCUGCAUUCCACUUAGAGCCAGCCGGGGGGCUCUGAAGGGAGAGAAGAGGAGGAGGUGUGUCGAUAAGCUGUGCAGUGGAUCCUGACUGGUAAACUCGUGUGACGCCUUAAGGAUGGGAAGUUCUGGAGAGGGGUUUUUUUUUUGUGUCCUUCCAGAAGAAAUAUUGUGUAUUUAACAAAAAAACAACAAAAAAAAAAAAGGAGAAUAAUUGUAAAAUGAAACAAAAAAGAAGGAAGUGAAUGUUCCUGCAGAGCUGUUCGCAUUCUCUUGUGCCAUUGUAUGAAGGAAGGUGCAGGAAGAUGGUGUCUGUCCCUGGCCAAGUGACCGCUGCUGACCAGGCCCAGCCACAGGGUGUUCGUUGAGGGGUUGCACAUGGAAGUGCUACAAGUGAUGGGUGGGUUGUUGACUGGAGCUGUGGUUCUGUCCGUGUGAGCAGGUAGAGCCAGUGGGAGUAUCCUGGUGGGAACAGCACCCCUGGUUAUGUAGGAAUACCUCCUGUUGCAGUCAUGCAGGAGGGAGGGUUUGGUUUCAUUCAGUUGUUCUUUUGGACUCCCUCCCCUCCCUUAUAUUCCUGAAGGCAGUUGUAGGUCCCUCUCCCUCCUGGACCCACCAGCCCUUCAAGGAGAACAUUCCCUCUUUGGAAAGCUUGUGGCAAGAGCCAGAAGCUCUCAGGUCACACACGCUCUGGGAACACCAAGUCCUCAGCUGGGCUUUACUUGCUUAUGUACUCGGUUGGCUUUUUGUUUGUUCACUUAGUGGUGGAGCCCAGGCUGUGGGAGGGAGGUGGAUGGUGGAAAAGAACUUUUGCCAGGAUAGUUGGGGCGGGUUUGGUUUAUUUUCCUUUUCCUUUCUGGCGCAGUGAGUGAGUGAAUCAGGGAAAGGGUAGUGUCAGGGCAAUGUCACUUGGAGUUUGGUGCGUUGCUCUGUGGUACAGGUGAUAUUUGGACAAGUUCCCCCAGUGAUUCCAGUAUCCCUCUUACACUCGGUGUGGUUUGGGAAGUGAGUUAUGGAUCAGUUCAUUCCCUUUGGGCUCAAAGCCUGUGUAUGGGUGUGUGUCUGUGUGUGGCGGGAUCCCUCUCCUCACACAGAGGUGCUCAGCUCUCUCAGUGCAGUGAGAGCGGUCAGUGCUUGAAGCUCUGCUGCCCUUGUGGCCCCUUUCCUGUCCCCGAGCUGCUGCAGGUACCUGAUCCUUGCACAGAGCCUGUUCUGCCGCCUGGAGAGCCUCAGAGCUUCAGCUGGUGCCUGUUCUCUGGGGAGCUGGCACUGGAGCUGCUCUGUCGCUGUGCUCUGCUGGGCAGCAGGGGCUCUCUUAGCAAAGCUGUUGACCUGCUUGUGUAAAUGCUCACCCCUUGGGGCACACCAGGCACUUGUCUUUCCCUUUCAGCUGCUUCCAGCCAAGGCCAAGUGCAGCAAAGGAGGGCAGAGUCUUCAGGUACUUCAAUGAUGAACAUUGCCUGCAAGGAGGGAGUGAUGGGGAAGACCCGGCUGUAGGCACAGGAGCACUGGGCUUGCCCUCCAGCUCCUGAGGCCUCUUCCCUGGCCAAGCCCCAUCCACCCCAGCAGGACCAAGGGCUCUGCCCCUCUCAGUGCUGGAGCCCUGGUCCCCCCGAGCUGCUGUCCCUGUUGAGGGCUGGCUGCCACCUCUGCCUGGCUUCCCUCUGCCUCCUGUGUUGCUUUGGCUGUUUCUUUCAUCUAACCUCGAGGCAGAGGCACAAUAAAGGUGGAGCACCAGCCCUUGGUCGUUGCCGUAGUACAAUAUUAGCUUUAGUCCCCUUAUUUUCACUUUCCUUGCUCAAGACACUCGAUAAGAGGUUGCUGUUUCAAUUCCUGCUUUCCUUGCCCCUUCUGGAUUGGGUUUUUGAACUGGGGGUGCCCACACUGAGCACUAACGGGGCAGGAAGGGUCAAGGCUUUGGGCUGUGUUGGGCACGGUUACACUUCACAGUGGCUGGUGCUGAGAGCAGAUUUGGGCAUUUGGCUGUGCUUCCCUCUGGAUACUUGCAGAAAUGCAUCUCCUGUGCAGGGGGGAGCUCUCCUGAAGCACUCAGAGACCCAGGCAGGGCGCUGGGUCCCUUCUUCCCCUUUCCCCAUGUUACCUGUUCAAAGCCCAGCUCACUUUCUAGCUGUGUUUGCAAUAGUUUCUACCCCCACCAGGAACUGCCACAAGUGCUGCUCUGGUCACUGACACAUGAAGAUCACUGCACUCUGUCACUGCUUGAUACUCCAUUUGUGACCUGAUGUUUGUAAUGACUAAAUUCCUGCCACUACUGGGGGAUGCCCUGAAAUAAAGUGCAACUAUUCAUGUGUGC